AUGAGCGAUUCGAGCGACGAUGGCAUUCCCGCAUGGCAGCGGACCCCACAGCGAAGCGGAGGGACUACACCAGAUGUUGAGGCGACGCCAGCAGCGAGCACCGACUCUGGCAGCUCGACCACAGAAGAUAAGCUAACCAUUGCGCGACGAUUCUUAGACGAUGAGAUGGUCAAGAAUAAAUCACGCGACAAAAAGGCGGUCUUUUUAAAGUCAAAGGGUGUUGAAGACGGUCAUAUCCAAAAACUUCUGGGAGACGCUCCAGAGACUGCCACAGAGGAAGAGACAGACAAUGUGUCUCCCACGCCGCAGAAACGUAUACCUGCCAUCACAGCUACCGACCGCGCGCCGAUUGUCACAUACCCCGAAUUCCUUACCAAGCCGCAGCGCCCACCGCCGCUCGUUACUAGGCAGGGCCUCCUCAACACGCUAUAUGGAUUUACAGGACUUUCGACACUCAUAUAUGGCGCGAGCAAGUUUGUAGCCGAACCUAUGCUUGGGAACCUCAACGUUGCACGCCAGGAGCUACACGACACAACAGCCAGCCGCCUCAAGGCGCUCGUGAACCAGCUCGAGCGCACCGUCUCCGUCGUGCCGCCACCCAAGCAUGCUGCACUCGUAAACAAGCCAACUCCGUCUCUCGCAACAACUAUGGUCAGUGACGAAGAAGAUGACGAGGACCCUACGGAAAUGUUUCAUCGCGAUAUCGGCACGCAGACCUCGUUUAGCGACGCGCUGGCGAGUGCGGCUGAGGAUGCCAAAAAUCCAGGGCUCAAGCAGGCAACGACGCUGGAUCAUACUACGAGUGUGACUAAGCUCGCGAAGUGCUUUUCGGGACUCCGUGAUGCUGUCGUCUCUCAGUGUGGCGACUUUGAGGAUAUCAAGGCACAGGUCGAACAUUUCCGGGAAGACCUCGACCGCAUGAUUUUCCCGCACAUGGACUUUACACCAGGCGGCUACGGUAUGAUGUCGACGGCUGGUUCCAACAUUGAGCCAGAUGACGAGGUGCGAAAGGCGAGGGACAAUAUCCGCCGUAUCAAGGGCGUGCUGUUGAGCACUAGAAGCUUCCCGGCUUCGACGAGAUAA